CCAUGAGAUAAGUUCGCAUUCUCACUCCCUAAUUUGGCGCCUGCAUUUUGGGAUUUCUGGUUUUUGUGUGGUUUGGGUGAUUUGGUACUUUGGCGGGUUAAUUCUCAGUGACUAGUGGUAAUUGGGCUAUGGUCUUCUUCAUCUUCUUGACUAGUAGCUACUAGUACUAAAACCAAAAGAUAAUUUAACGACUACUCCUUGACUAGUAGCAAUUUAACACUGGUGACCCUUAAGUAGUUAGUUACCUUAUAUUCAUAUUCUAGAUACUAUUAUUAGGCCUGUCAAUUAAAUCCGUAACCCGCACGAUACCUGCACCGUGCAGUACGCCAAAAGCCCGGACGAACUCGCCUGAUUAUUAAUUCGUGUUGUACAAAGCGCUCAUGCCAGUUCUUAGUUAUUAGUUUUUGUUUCUUAUAGUACCCAAUACAAUCAUUGGAAAUUUGGAAUUUUAGUACCCAAUUCAGUGUUUUGCAUGAGCAAUGGAGAUAAAGGAAAACGGAGAAGAAGAGCAGCAGAUUGUGAAUCCAUGGAAGGUGGAGGCCAAAGAAGGCGGCAAAAUCGACUAUGAUAAGCUCAUAGAUCAGUUCGGUUGCCAGAGGAUCAAUCAAUCUCUCGUCAAGCGUGUCCGCCGUCUCACCUCACGUGCUCCGCACGUUUUCCUCCGUCGCGACAUCUUCUUCGCUCACCGGGACUUCAAUGAGAUUCUGGAUGCUUAUGAGAGAGGAGAGAAGUUCUAUUUGUACACAGGAAGAGGGCCUUCCUCAGAGGCUUUGCAUUUGGGGCAUCUCAUCCCCUUCAUGUUCACCAAAUAUUUGCAAGAUGCCUUUAAGGUCCCUCUCGUUAUACAACUUACCGACGAUGAGAAAUGUAUGUGGAAAAAUCUCACAGUUGAAGAAAGCCAGAGACUUGCAAGGGAAAAUGCUAAAGACAUCAUUGCUUGUGGUUUUGACAUAACAAGAACCUUUAUCUUCUCUGAUUUUGAUUAUGUUGGUGGUGCCUUCUACAAGAACAUGGUGAAGGUCGGAAAGUGUGUCACCUAUAAUAAGGUUGUUGGCAUAUUUGGUUUCACCGGUGAAGAUCAUAUAGGAAAAGUUAGUUUUCCACCUGUACAGGCGGUACCAUCAUUUCCAAGUUCAUUUCCACAUCUCUUCUCUGGCCAAGAUAAUCUUCGUUGUUUAAUACCCUGUGCAAUUGACCAGGAUCCUUAUUUUAGAAUGACCCGAGAUGUUGCUCCACGCAUUGGAUAUCACAAGCCUGCUUUAAUUGAGUCUCUAUUCUUCCCUGCCCUUCAGGGAGAAACAGGAAAAAUGUCGGCUAGUGAUCCAAAUUCUGCCAUCUACGUAACUGAUUCUGCAAAGGAUAUUAAGAGCAAGAUAAACAAGUUUGCAUUUUCAGGGGGACAAGAUACAAUAGAGAAACACAGAGAGUUGGGAGCAGAUCUCGAGGUAGACAUUCCCUAUAAAUAUCUGAAAUUUUUUCUGGAUGAUGACAUCGAGCUUGCUUAUAUAGGAAAGGAGUAUGGUGCAGGUCGAAUGUUGACAGGGGAAGUGAAGCAGAGGCUCAUUCAAGUUUUGACAGAAAUUGUGGAGAGACAUCGUAGGGCUAGAGCUGCUGUCACUGAUGAGAUGGUGGACGCAUUUAUGGCAGUGAGGCCCCUCCCAAACAUGUUCGACUAAAGUUGAGGACAAUGUAUUACUCACAAUCCUUGGAUGAAGUGCUGGCUUUUUCUGGUGAUACAAUAUUUUUGGGUUUAGAUAAAGCAUUUUCAUUUUUGAUGGUAUUUUUUGUUGACAACUGUAUUCUUGUAACAGUAAAUGUUAGCGAAACUGAGUGCAAGUUGAACAUCAUAGUUUUAAGGAUGACUUUGUAUGACAGAUUCAGCAGUGAACUCAAGACGGGGAAAAAGCAUUUUAACAAGCUCAUUCA